CCUAAAAAUAUCUCGACACUCGCUCUCUCUCUCACCGAUUUUCUAUCCCUCUCCUUACCUAGGGUUCAAAACCUCCAUUCCGUUAGAUUCGACUCAUUCUUUCUUUUUUUUUUAUAAUAUUCAUAUAAAAAAAAAAGAAAAAGUUUCCAUCAUGAUGCAACAGCCAGCAUCUGGGGUGGUCCCACAGCAGAUGCCGUCGGAACAGCAGUACCAGCAGGCGCACGCCGCUGCCGCUGCGGCGGCGCAGCAACAACAGCAGCAGCAGCAGUGGAUGAUGCAACAGCAACAACAGCAGCAGCAGCAGGUCCCACAACAACAGUCUGGGUGGGCCCAGCCUCAACAGGCCCAAGCCCAGGCCCAGUACUCGGCCCAACAGACUGUUGGGUCGGAAGAGAUCCGCUCUCUCUGGAUCGGAGACUUGCUUCCCUGGAUGGAAGAGAAUUACCUCCUCAGCUGCUUUGCUCAUACCGGAGAGGUUGUAUCUGCUAAGGUUAUCCGCAAUAAGCAAACUCAGAUAUCUGAUGGUUAUGGUUUCGUUGAAUUUGUUAUCAAAAAAGCAUUUGCUUUCAUAAGAGAAAGUCAAAGCCUAUAACUUCAGUGGACAUGAACACA